UGUGUAUUUCUCCGUAUAUUGAGCGUUUUGAUAGUUUAACAGUAUUUAUAAAGCAUCUAAACCUGCUUUAUAAUAUAAAAGACAUGAAAAUCUCACUUUUUACGAUAUGGGACCUUUAAGGGCAAAGCCUCGCUGUUUGUGUGUAGUUUUACAAUCAAUAGCAUGUUAAGUAUUUAUGAUUUAGUGAGGCGAAUAAGCUACAAUAUCUUCAAAAUUCACCAUUACUAUUUCUCACAUAAUGGGUUCUGUUUGUGUUUUGCUUAUUAAGAGUAUUAUAUGAGUAUUACACCACAGUGGAGCGAUACUGUUGAAUCCAGAGAUGUACUUUUUCGAAGAAAGGCAGAUGAUGAAUGUGUUUCCGGACUGGCUAAUGUACAUUUCAGUGAUGAAUCGCCACAAAAUGGAUCACGAAAUCUUAACGCUGAAAGUAUUCAUCAAUUAUUUGUCUAAGAGAUAUGAGCCGCUACCAAAGAUAGAAAUGAUGUAGGAUCCACAUGUGAAAAAUAGUGGUGUUGCGCUGUAAAAAUGUGCCCUCCUUUCAAUCCUCUUUCCUGUGGUGUAUAAAGACAAAUGUGUUUUCUUUAACAUUAGUGUAUUAUUUGCUUCUCUCCAGACAGAAUUUGAAGGCUUUCUUUGUGCAUUCUCCUGCUAAAAUGUUACUUUAACUUUUAAUUAUGAGCACUACAUUACAUUUUUGCAUCCGUUUUUGAUGCUAUAUUCCCAAAAGAGUUUUAUUUAUUAUUGUAUAUCAGUGUGAUAUUUCUGUUCCUGUAACCUUAUUUUGGAUGUGCUGUAUACAACGCUCCCCUGGCAGACUGGUGUAGGUCACAGGCUGUGGAUGCUCUGAUCGUCCUCUGUACCUUUAAGGGAACCACGCACCUUUUUCAUCCAGCAGAUUCUGCGUGAUAUGAACUACCAUCAAUUUACGGGAGCCUUUAUUCCCAGCGUGGAGCACAUGAGAAGGGGUCGAUGCUGGAGAACUCUCCGCAGCAUUUGAUUAGUUUGAGAAAACAAAAGAUCUGAAUUUAACUUGUUAAUCCACAUGGAAUUAAGUUUUUAUUUCCUGCUAAUCUUUGUUUUUAAUUGAGUAUAAUUCAGAGAUGUGUGCUUUUGCAGUCCGUGUGUUUUUGGGAAUCCUCCUCUGUGCACCGUACCAGUGCUCGGAGUGUCCUUUUGGCUGCGAGUGUUUUGCCGUCACUCGCACAGUGAAAUGUGUUUCUAAGGAUCUGCUCACGGUGCCACAAAGUAUCCCAGGAUUUGCACAGACUGUCAUCGUCACAGGGAAUAAUAUUCACCAGAUUGGACCCGAUUCCUUUACAGAGCUGGAGAAUGUCACCAACAUCAUUUUAAGCAAUAAUAGGAUCACAGAGAUGGCGUCCCACAGCUUCUCAGCCCUCAUCAACUUGCGCUUCCUGGACCUCAGUGAGAACCAGCUGGCCCUCAUCCAUCCAGAAGCCCUCAGCAUACCCGGCAGCCCCCUUCAGGAGCUCAACCUGAGCCACUCGCUGCACAACUUCACCGCCCUGACGGACCUCACCACGGCUCUGCGCUGGGGUGGCCUCAGCGGGCUCCUCCGCCUCGACCUCUCCAGGAACCACCUGGCCCUGCUGCCCCCGGGGACGUUCUCCCACCUCCCAAACCUGCAGCAGCUCUUCCUCACCAACAACUCCCUGAUGGCCGUCUACAGUGGAACCUUCUCUGGCAUGAACCACCUGGAGCUGCUGGACCUCACCCACAACGUCUUCGUGACCUUUAGGGACGACGCUCUGCAAGAGCUGGAGAAGCUCGGGAACAUCCGUAUCCUUCUGGGCGACAACCCCUACACCUGCUCUUGUGAGAUCAGUCAUUUCGUGGCCUGGUUGAAUGAAUCGAGAGCUCAGGUGGAUGUGGACGCUGUGAGGUGUGCCUCACCAAGAGGGUUGAGCGACACCCGGUUGCGAGGGCUCGGCGUCCACGCCAUUGGAUGUGAUGUUGUUCCAGUCCAAGCAGAGGUGGCUGACCUCACCUUGCAGACGUCCUACGUCUUCCUGGGGCUGGUGCUGGGGUUUGUGGGCAUGGUCUUUCUCUUCGUGCUCUACCUGAAUCGCAAAGGUAUGAAGAAAUGGAUCAUCGAAAUUAUGGAUGGAUGUCGGGACGUUCUGGAGGGAUAUCACUACCGAUACGAGCUUGACUCGGACCCUCGGCUGGGGCAAAUCUCUGCAGAUAACGGUGGCAGCAGGGCGCAAGGGCAUUUAGGAUUAGCUCUGCCGAGUGACACCUGUAUUGCUCAGCUUCCUGCAGACACACAGGUCAAACAGCUGACAGCCUCUAACCUAUGAUCCUUUAAUGAAGCAUUUGAGGAAGAUGUAGAUGUGAAUAGUUUAAGCAGGUAGAUUUACAAUUCAUGUUUUUGAGCUUCCUGUACAUACUGCAGUUAUAACUGAUAAAUCUCACCUUAAAAGUGCCUUUGUGUUUUCGAGGCACUUGUAUCUGUAAAUUGACCUUAAUAUUGUGUGUAAUCGAUUAGUUGUCAACUAUUAACGUAAUCGCCAACUAUUUUGAUAAUCGGUUUGGGUAAUUUUUUAAGAAAAACAUGUUAAAAUUCUGUAAUUCCAGCUUCUUAAAUGUGAAUAAUUUCUGG